GACAGGGAGGGGGCAGGAGGACUUUUACAGUAAGAUCUGCACUCCUCAGGGACUCUCACACUGCUGGGAUGAUGCAGACAUGAUAUAAGGAAUAAGGAGUUAAAACGACAUGAUGGCACAGGGCUGUCAGAGGCAGGAGAGAGCUCACAGGCUGAGGGAGGAGCUGAGCUGCAUGCUGGUGGGAGAUGGAGCGGUGGGGAAGACCAGCAUGAUCAUCAGCUACAUCUUCAAUGGAUACAACAAAGACUACAGGCAGACAGCUUUUGAUGUGUUCACCGGUUUGGUUCAUGUGAACGGUGUCCCAACCCGGGUGAAACUGAUAGACACAGCCGGACAGGAGGAGUUUGGCCACCUCCGCUCUCUCUGCUAUGCACACGUGGACGUCUUCAUCCUCUGCUUCAGCCUGCUGAACCCCGUCUCCUUCGACAACAUCUCCUCUAAAUGGGUCCCGCAGAUCCGCGCGGCCAACGCCACCUCCCCCAUCGUCCUGGUGGGGACCCAGUCCGACCUGCGCCACAGCGCGGGCGUCCUCAUCCACCUGCACCAGCGGGGGGCCGCGCCGGUGUGCCACGGCCGGGCCGAGAAGCUGGCGCGCCGGAUCAGAGCCCACGGCUACGUGGAGUGCUCUGCCCUGACGCAGCACCACCUCAAGGAUGCGUUCGACCGGGCCGUGUGGGCCGCCGUCAAGCACAGACACAACGGCCCCACAUCCGGCAAGCUGGGCCCGCUCCAGCGCCUGAAGUUUCUCUGUGACGGCAGAUGGAGGAAACUCUUCAGAUUUGUGUGAUUAAUGGUGUCAGUGUGGAAAACAGGAAGAGUUUCGGUCAAGAAU